AACUGGAGCAGGUCAACAUGAUCAAUCAUUUGCUGGUGGAAGCACUACACUACAAACCAUUCAAAAUGCUACUCAAGAAGAUCAGAGCUUACAAGAACUACAGCAAUACAUCAUACAAGGAUGGCCAGACACGAAGUACGGUCUUGCAUCAUACAUUACACCAUAUUACGACAUUCGGGAUGAAUUGACCGUGCAGCAAGGAAUGAUUUUGAAAGGAAAUACACUAGUGGUGCCACAAGCAGCUCGAAAAUUUGCUCUAGAACGAAUACACAGUUCACACAUGGGAGCAAAUGAUUGCAUUAGAAGAGCCAGGGAAGCACUCUAUUGGCCGGGUACGACAAGCCAUAUUAGAAAUCAUGUACAGAAAUGUUCCAUAUGUCGAGACUAUGACAACAAGCAACAGAAGGAACCUUUUUUAGCACACGAAGUACCUCCAAGACCAUGGGCAAAAGUAGGAGCAGAUCUACUCAAAUUCAAGAGCCGUGAUUAUCUCAUAGUCACUGACUACUACAGUAAUUUCUGGGAGAUUGACGGACUACAAGCAACAACUUCAGAUGAUGUCAUCAGGAAAAUGAAACAACACUUCUCUCGAUAUGGCAUACCAGAAGUCCUCAUUUCUGAAAACGGUACGCAAUUCACAUCAAGAGAAUUUUGAUCAUUCACGAAGCAGUGGGAGAUACAGCAUGAGACUAGUAGUCCACAUCACCAUCAAUCCAAUAGCAAAGCAGAAAACAGUGUAAAGACAGCAAAACGACUCAUGAAAAAGCUCUACAAGCGGGAACAGAUCCAUGGCUAGCAAUUCUUGAAUUCAGAAACAUGCCAACUGAAGGACUAAAAACAAGUCCUGCACAAUGGUUAAUGAACAGAAUAACAAGAACUCUGUUGCCCACAAUAGAACAACUUUUACCAGAGAAAAUGGAGGAACAUCACAACAUAAUGGAACGGAAGAAAAGGCAAGCAAAAUAUUACAACAUGAAAGCCAGAGACCUAUCAGAGCUGAAGACAAAUGAUGUAGUUUGAAUUCAACCAACUGGUAGAGACACAGUUUGGAAACCAGCCAAAAUAGAAAAAGUGCUACCAAACAGAUCAUAUUUGGUUAUCACCCCUGGAGGAACUACCUAUAGAAGAAAUAGAGUGCAGCUAUGAAAGACAAAGGAGAAAUUCAAGCCUUCAGCAGGUAUGGAUGAUCCCCCCCAGUCGAGAUGACACCACAACCAAGACAGAAGAAACAAACAUCUAUCCCUACACCUGUUACAAAGAAGACAGUACCACCACAAGCACAGGCAAGCAAAUCAGGAAGAGAACAAGCAAGAGAGACUGUAACAUCUACCACAUGAUCUGGCAGAACAGUAACAAGGCCAAAGUAUCUAAGAGACUACUACGUAUGCGGUAAAUAGACACUUAGCAUGCAUGGUAGCAUGUUUUUUUCAUAAAGAAAAACGGAUGUAUGGGGUAACCCAAUUAGCGUACUAUAUAAACGUAGUGUGUUGAUUGUAAUAGAGACUUCUU